UUCAUCGGAGACAGAUCAGAGACCGAUUUAGAUUCGGGUUACAUGUAUAUUUCACUGAACCAGUUUUUGGUAAUUUUCGCCGAAAACGAGUCACGACUAAGCUGGUUACCUUUUGUAUCUUGGCCCUGACAGGGGCAGCAUCCACCAGCGUUUUCCCUGCCAUCAACAUAUAUGCAAUCACUUCUACAGUAGUGCAGGCUGUCUCCAACACAGCAGCUGUGCAAAAGACUACUUCCCCUUAAGCAGAGUCGCGACUAAGCUGGUUACCUUUUGUAUCUUGGCCCUGACAGGGGCAGCAUCCACUGGCGUUUUUCCUGCCAUCAACACAAUCACUGCUACAUUCAUUUUUGGACUGAGAAUAUGGCAAAUUUCUACCGCCUUCGUCAGCUUGACAGGGUCAGAGAGGCGGAAAUGAGGCCAGAGAGGGGACUCACAGAUCACAAGAAUCAAUUUGAAUUGUAUGACGAUCGUGAUUUCAAGAUUCGAUACAGAUUUACAAAACACACAGCACUCUACCUCAUCAACAUGCUUGAAGGAGAUCUCAGUAGGAACACAGAUCGGAAUAAUCCACUACCUGUUGUGGUACAAGUCAUGACUGCUCUGCGUUUUUAUGCCGUAGGUUCAUUCCAAAUUAUGCAUGGUGAUGAGGCAUCAAUAUCUCAGCCAUCUGUGAGCCGAGUCAUCAAGAAGGUUUCAGAAGCUAUUGCAAGAAGGAAACGGGAAUUCAUGAGAUUUCCAACGAGAGACGAACUUGAAACAACGCAGCAGCAAUUCUAUGAGUACUGCGGUUUUCCCGGGGUCAUCGGUGCUAUAGAUGGGACCCAUGUCUACAUCAGGAGUCCUGGUGGGGAACAAGCCCUGUUUUUCCUUAACAGGAAAAACAGGUAUUCAGUUAAUGUACAGGUUGUCUGUGAUCAUGCUGGGAAAAUGACAAGUAUCGUGGCAAGGUGGCCAGGCAGCACUCACGAUUCAAGGAUUUUCUCUGAGAGUUCGCUGAAACAACAGCUGGAGGCAAGGGCAGAAGGUACUGGGUGGCUACUUGGAGAUAGUGGGUACCCCUGCCUCCCGUUCCUGAUGACCCCCAUCCUACAUCCUCAUCCAGGGCCACAGAUGCGCUACAAUAAUGCCCAUAAAAGAAGACGGUGCGUUAUUGAGCGCACCUUUGGCCGUUGGAAGAGGAGGUUCCCUUGCCUAAAUGAUCUGCGCGUGAAGGUGGACACUACCUUUACUAUUAUAGUGGCAUGCUCGGUUCUUUGGAAUAUCUCUCUCACUCAUGGAGAGCAAGAUAUUCAAGAACUUGAGCCAAUUGAUGAUGCAAUGCCACCUGACCACCUUCCUCCUGGCCUCCGUGAUGCUGUCGCUGGUAGGCUCAGGAGAGAACAGAUUAUUGAGGACCAUUUUACCCACCCUUAGAAUCUCCAGAGUAGCCACUCGGUACCAUCUGCUCAGGCAACAGUUGUUCUUUCAGUUACUCCAGUGAAAUUCCAAGAAUUAUGAUGCUGUCAAGGUACUUGUUAUAUUUCCAGCUAGCAGGGUUUCACGCAGCUACAUCUUAUUAUGUAAUAGGUCUUCAUAAAUGAAAGUGGUUGCAGUUAACACUGAUUUUACGAGAAAGUCUGCACACCAAACUUAAUUGUCACUAUAACAUUGUGGAUCUAGGUCUGGUACAGUUACAUAAACUAAAGUUUGUGACAUCCUGAAUCUAAGCUGAAAAAUGUAAAUCACACUCAAGAUCAGCAACUCAGAUAAGCACAUGUGGGACAGUAUUUAUUAUUGUUUUGAAAAAUGCCCAACAAUUGACCUGAAUCCCGUGCUCGUUUUGCUAAUUUCUUUGUAAUUUCACAAUUUCUUCCAGAAUCCUUUGGCACAUAUUUUUAUGCCCCCGCAGACGAAGUCCGCAGGGAGCAUUAAGCGUUGCCUCUAUCCGUCCGUCCGACCCCUCACUUGGUUUUUGCGCAAUAACUUGAAAAAUAUUUCAUAGAUUUUUAGAAUUGUGGGUGUGCAGGUAGAUGACACCAAAAUACAGGCAAAGUUCGAAUUUGAAGUCUCCAGGUCAAAGCUUAUUAAAUGAGCGAGUUGGUUUCACCAUGAUAACUUAAGAAAUAUUCAACAGAUUUUUUAUAAAUUGUGGAGUGUAGGUAGACGACACCAAAAUGCAGGCUAAGUUUGAUUGCGGAGUCCCCAGGUCAAAGGUCAUAGCUCAUAUAUACAAGUUGGUUUUUGCGUAGUAAACUAGCGUUAAGUGGGGGCAUCUGUGUCCUUUGGACACCUCAAAUUUUUAGUUUAUUCAUACCAGCAGACACCAUGGUGUACAUUUUAUUUGAUUCUGUAAAAAGUCAUUUUGAGGUCGUUCCCACAGCUGGAAUUUAUCUUUAAAUCUUAUUUUGUUUUAUCUCAAUCUGUAAAUAUCAAAUCUUUUACCCGAUAUUAUUUCAUAAUCUAUAAUCAACCAAGCAGGUAAUAGUUCAGUGGAAUAUGAUCUUUAUCUAGUUUUUCCUUUUGUCAGCUGCAUCAUGGUCAUGAUGAGCAAAUAUCCAGUAAUCAUACUCAAAUUUACAUGGAAUGUGAUAAGAUAGUAGCUGCAUGAAACCCUGCUCACGAACAGCUUAUACACUAAUUGGCAUUUAUUGUUUCCCACCAUUCACUCCUGAUGUAAACAUAUCUCAUAUGUACACCAAGCACACCUGGUUAGCCGUAGCAUUCAUAGAAUUGUUUUUUCAGUCUUCUUUCAAUGUUGUGAACUCUUGAAUGUAACUUUCCUUUUUGCUUUAGUUUCAAAACCAUCUUGAAUGACUCGAGCAAACGGUGACCGAUAAUUUUGCCUAGUCACCAUUGCAUACAAUGGCCUUUUUCUAUACUCCACGAGGCCUUUGACUAGUUUACGACAAGUAGUGGAUCAAUCUAUUGUGUGUUUCUCCUGAUUUCUUCAAGCAUGUUGAUGAAGUGUAUUCCAUAACAUAUGAUAAUUGCUCAAAUUGAAUUU